UUGAUCGUUACUUUCGGAUUUUGAAAUCAAAUCAGUCAGGAUUUCGGGGAUUCACCACAGAUUUGCUGCUGACUUCAGUUUUAUUGUUGUUUCCCGGUGACGUGAUGCUUGUGAUUAGUCAUCUCAGUAGGCUCUGAGUCUUAUCACAGUGUGAAUUUCAACAGAAGGCAGAAAUUGUGGGAAGACAAGCCGAUAUUGCUGCAUCUGCGAGAUGAAGUGACAGAAUGGAAGCCUCAAAUUCGAAAGACAGCACGAAGGAUCAGGGAUCUUCCCGAGAUCACAUUGUUCGCACGUGCGAGAAAAUGAGGUUAUAUCAGGAGAACAGGACGUUCUGCGACGUGGUCCUGAUUGCUGCUGAAGAUGGAGUGAAGUGAGUUCUGAAUUCCCAACCUUCUUGACUUGGCCUUUUGGCAAAUCUCAUUCCGCCAACCCUUGUUUUCCUAGAAUCCCAGCACAUCGUGCCUUCUUAUCAGCGGCCAGCGCGUUCUUCGAAGCGAUGUUCAUUGGCGACUUCCGGGAGUCUCGGGAAGAAGAGGUCACCAUUGGCGAGAUUUCGGGAGGUGAUCUUCAGUGUCUUGUGCAUUAUUGUUACACCGGAGAAAUUGAGCUGCGCGAAGAGACUUCUUUGGAAUCCGCGAUGACGCUCUUGAGUGCGGCAAAUCGUCUCCAACUGAACGGCGUGGUGAAUGCUUGUGGCACGUUUCUUAAACACCACCUUGAUGCCACAAACUGUCUGGAACUCGCUGAAUUCGCCGAGCGGCACAGCUGUGACACUCUCCUGACAUUUGCACAGGAUUACAUAGACCUAAACUUCCUCCAAGUGAUCGAGAAUCAAGAGUUUGUCCAGCUCUCUGCUGAAGAACUGGGAAAACUGCUGGCCAGAGAUUAUCUCAAUGUACCAUCUGAGGAAGAUGUCUUCCACGCGUUGCUGACUUGGUUUCGGCAUGAUUCCGAGAAGCGAGAGAACUGCAUUCCUAGCCUUUUGGCACACAUCCGCAUUCAUCAGCUUCAACCCGAAUUUAUCAUCGAUCACGUGAAGCCGCUGUGCGAGAGUUCAAAUUGCCAGGAUUUGGUGAUGAAAGCUUUCGAGUGGCAACUCGUGCCAGCACGUCGUGCUGAUGAAUCCAAGCUAGAGGCUCGCGGAUCGGCAGCGAGAAAGUUGAUCUCUGUGAGAUUCGAUGGAAACAGCGAUUGUCAUGUCGUGGAAGAAUUUUGCCCGAAAACCAAGAACUGGACAUUUUCUAUGGAAAUUGGGGUCAAUCGGUCAUGUUGUGGCAUGGCUAUGAUGGACAACAAGAUAAUUUUCAUUGGGGGACGUCAUGAAGGAUAUGCAAGAUGUGAGGUGUACAGUUUUGAUGUCAAAACCAAGACGCUUCAAACACUCUCGCCGAUGUUACGGUAUCAAUCUGAAUGCUGUACUGCAGUGCUAAAUGGAUUUCUCUACGUGUUUGGUGGCAGAAACGAAGAAUCUCUAAACACUGUGGAGCGAUUGGAUCCUAGCACCGGAACCUGGAACGAGGAAACUCCGAUGACAAUUUGCCGAUAUUUUGCUGAAGCCGUUGCGUUCGAUGGACAGUUGUUUGUGAUCGGAGGAUGUGAUGAGCAAUUUUCCCUUAACUCUGUUGAGCGUUACAAUCCGAACACGAAAGAGUGGAGCCACGAGGCUCCUAUGGUGAAACACCGAUAUCAUAUCGGAGUGACUGCGACUAAGGAUCACAUCUAUGUAUUCGGUGGGUACAACGGCAACGACCGUCCUUUGUCAUGUGUGGAGAGAUAUGAUCCCAAGGCAGAUGAGUGGACAAUCGUGGCGACGCUUAAUGUUAAUCCCGGAUAUAUUGGAGUAACUUGUCUGGGAGAGAAUAUUCUAUGUGUGGGAUCAAUCAACACAGACAGUAAAACUGUUGAGCUAUUCCAUCCGGACACGAAUACAACAUCUGAAUUGACCCACAUUAACUGUUGUAAACGAAGCUGGAGCUCAUGCAGUGUGUGCAUUUUAGCACUUGUUUCCGACAAAGACUUCUAAUGUGAUCAAUUAAAUACAUGGAAGGAAACUGUGAUCGAUAAUAUUCUUGUUUUUUUUAGGAAUUACAUUGGAAUAAUUCAGGGAGAUUUUACGAACUGGUUUCGCUGUCUUUUCAAUUGAUCAAAACCUAUCUUUAGAGACGUUCUGACCUGGACUACAACAUACUAGAAUUUAAAGAAAAUGCAAGAUCUCAUUGCCGAGAUACAGGCGUUCAAAAGUUUAUUCAAUAUGGCGGCAUUCCUUAUGACGUCACAGACUAAUAAUGAAUAAUGGCCUACUAAAGGGCGUCGAGACACUGGAACAUUCAACAGCAACCUAUUUUGGCUGCUAUAAUUUACCAUUGAAAGGCUUAUUUUUUGCACUCUGCUGUGUUCGAACAUUUGCAAUUGGUGGGAUUCAAACACACGACUGUUGCAUUGGGAAUCAAGCGCGUUGACCACUGAGCCACAGCCGUCCCACGACACAAAAAGCUGAUGUCCUCAAUUAAAUACAUGCAAAUUAUGAUCGAUUAUACUCCUAAUAAUAUUUUAGGGAGAUUUUCCGAAUGGUUUUCCCUGUCUUUUUGUAGAUCUUGAAGACAUAAGUGAAGUUUUGGGAUCUUAAUUAAGUACUUCUGUAUAAAUGAAAUGAUAUUAAUAGCAAAAACUCGUAAAAAUAUCUCUUGGUGCACAUUUUA